UUCUCGUCUUCAGUUCGUCCCGUCUACCAGGUGGAUGAUCUGCUAGCGAUAGCCCCUGUGGUAAAUAGUUGGGCACAGCGUCUUCGCCUCAAGAAACAUCAACCAAUCGGCACCGCGCAUAUCCGUACAAAUACCUAUUCCAAAACCAGCCAAACAAUGAUGACUAAGGAUAGUAGCCGCCCUACAAACAUAAAGGAAUCUCAGACUUUGCUUCAUAUGUUCCCAACCAUGCCGGCAAGUUCAAAAGUUCCAUCCCUUCCGCUGCCUUACCUUCGUCUGGCCCUUAUGCCUGACUAUCUAUCGUGCAGUACUUCUCUUCAGACCCUAGUCGAUCUGGCAGUGACAAUCAUGCAUCUUCCAGUUGAGAUAAUUUUAUACGAGGAUAAGGAUUCUACGGAGCAAACAGUGUGUAAAAGUGCCGAUGAGAGAACAUUCAUGCAGACCUCUUCAUUUCAGAACAACGCCAAAUCUGACAGGACGAGUGUACUUUGCUCUUUAUUUCAUAGCCCUCAUUCUAUUUAA